AUGGCUGCACAUGUGGAGGACGACAAGUUGAUGAUUCACUGUUUUCAGGACAGUUUGAGUGGGGCUCCUUCCAAGUGGUAUCUAAGUCUGGAUCAGAACAAGAUCAGGUGUUUCCAAGACCUGUCAGACGCAUUCAUAAAACAUUACAAAUAUAAUAUGGAUAUGGCGCCUGACAGAAGACAGUUGCAGAGCAUGUUUCAGCAUGAUAAGGAGUCCUUUAAAGAAUACGCUCAGAGAUGGAGGGAGUUGGCUUCUCAAGUUGAGCCACCUCUAGCUGAGAAAGAAUUGGCUGAACUGUUUAUCGACACUGUCCAACCCCAGUUCUACGAGAAGAUGGUUGGAAGUGCUUCCUUGGGAUUUUCCGAGCUUGUUGCUAUAGGAGCUCGUGUUGAAUAUGGUGUAAGGAAUGGAAAAUUGGCGGCUGUAGCUGGAACUUCAAAUGCUAAUCCAAAGAAGUUCUCUGGAGGGUUUCCUAGAAAGAAGGAAGGGGAAACAAAUGUUCCCGCUCAGGCUUAUCAAGCGCCUCCAGCUUAUCGACCAGCUCCAGUUCAACAACGUGCUGCGGCUCCGCCAGCUUAUCAACAAGCACCAGCAGCUCCUGUUUAUCAACAACCGAGAGCGCAAGCGCCGAGGCAGAAUGCUCAAAACCAAAAUAGGAGACAAGGGGAGAGGGCGACCUUCAAUCCAAUCCCAAUGUCAUACACUGAGUUGUAUCCCUCCCUACUGCAAAAGGGGUUGGUGGUUCCCAAACCUUUGGGACCUCCACCUGAUCGUCUUCCUCCAUGGUACAACCCUAAUGCACACUGUCCUUUUCAUGAGGGUGCCCCCGGGCAUGACCUAGAGGGUUGCUACGCUCUAAAGCAUAAGGUUCGUGAGCUAAUUGAAAGCAAGAUCUUGUCUUUUAAGGACAUGGGACCGAAUGUGAAGAACAAUCCUCUUCCUCCCCAUGGAGAUCCUGCGGUGAACGCCAUUGAAGAUGCAUCUACUGUUGUUAUGGUUGAGAAGGUGGAGGAUGUUAAGACCCCUUUGGCAGCAUUCCAUGCCCGAUUGGUGGAAGCCGGCCUGGUUAAUGUUGAUCAUGACAACUGUGAAGAGUGUGCCACAUACCCGAAGGGAUGUCAGGUGGUACGAGACAACAUUCAAGAUCUGAUGGAUAAAGGAGUGCUUCAAAUAUCCAGUGCUGUGAAGAACGAAGAUGUGUUGGUGAUUGAACCUUGUUUCAAUUUACCUGAACCAGUCGAAAUCCCAUAUUAUAGUGGUGGAGUGGUCCCGGUGAACAGUAAGCCAUCGCCUGUCGAGAUAUGUAUGCCCACGCCUUUUCCCUACGAGAGCACCAAGGUUGUGCCUUGGAAAUAUGAGAUUACUGCUGUGGAUAAGGUGGUUGAAGGAAGUUCAGACGCUGAGGUGACAGAAGCUGUAAGUGAAGACGUCACCAAUAUUGCAGGAAUGAGCAGAAUGACCCGUAGUGGUCGGGUUUAUACGCCCGAAUUCAAUGUAACUCCUCAAAGGCCGACCAAGGAAUCAACAGUUGCAGCUCCCACUAAAGAACCCGAAGUGGUCCAAUCCGAAGAUGCUGUUGAAUUCUUGAAGUUAAUCAAGAGAAUUGACUACAAAGUGGUGGAUCAACUGCAUCAAACACCAUCUAAAAUCUCUAUUCUGUCUCUGCUACUGAACUCCCAAGCCCAUAGGGAGGCUUUGUUAAAGGUGCUCGCUCAAGCUCAUGUAACACAAAGCAUAACAGUAGACCAAUUUGAUGGGGUAGUGGCAAACAUCACAACUUGUAAUACUUUGAGCUUCAGUGGAGAGGAAUUACCUGAGGAUGGACAAAAUCACAACCGUGCUCUCCAUAUCUCGGUGAAAUGCAGAGAUGAUGCUUUGGCAAGAGUGUUGGUUGAUACUGGAUCUUCGCUGAAUGUUAUGCCAAAGAGAACACUCGCCAAAUUAUCUUAUCAAGGACCAGCUAUGAAGCCUAGUGCCUUAGUAGUGAAAGCUUUUGAUGGGGCAGUUACCUCCACCUUGCAUCAGAAAAUGAAGUUUGUAGUGGACAAUCAAUUAAUCAUCAUUUCUGGAGAGGAGGACUUUGUGGACCCUGUUGGGAAAGCUUGUUCAUCUUUCGCGUCUCUGAAAAGCGCAAAGUCUAGUAUUGAAGGAGGAAACCCUGAAGGUUGGGGUCAGCUUAUCGAUAUUCGUGAGAAGCAUGAUCGCUUUGGUCUGGGAUAUGUGCCUUCCGCUGCGAAAGGAGCCCGAGUCCCUACAAAGGACAACACCCGAAGCAUCCAGGAAGUUUUCUCAUAA